UUAAAUUCGGCAGCGAUCCGACCAGUUUGUUUUCGCGAAAUUAUAAGGAAACUUGCCAUUAAACCGAGUAAAAGGCAUGUCGGCCUACGGUCAGAUGUGUUUUUAAAAUAAGUUUAAGGAUUUUACAUCUUGAUAAUGUUGGCCAUUGUCUAAAUCAUCAUAAAGGAGCAGGCAUGGGAACAGUGGGCAGCAGUUUGGUGGUAGGGGGGUCUCACCAGGAUGAGGAUGAGAAGGACCUCAUUUCCCAGUACAGGAAGAGUUCCAGCAGGAGCCACUCUGUUGAUACUGUGUACUGCCCCACCUGCCAGGGCACUGGACGCAUCCCACAAGGUCAAGAGAGCAUGUUAGUAGCAGUUAUACCCUGCAAUGACCAGAGGUUGGAUCCACGACAUACGAAGUUGUAUGUGGCAGUCUCGGUGUCUGUGUGCGUAUUGGUCAGUGCGCUGGUCCUGUUCUUCCUGUACCCUCGCUGUGUCACUCUGUCCCCUGUGGCCGUCAAGUCUGUCUACGUCACCUUCCCGUCCAACACCGUCCUGAUGAACGUCACAAACAUCCUGAAUAUAACCAACCAGAACUUUGCCACCGUCUAUGCGUACAACCUCACAGGCCAGGUGCUGUUCUUUGAAACGGUUGUUGGCUCGACUGCUAUUAAAAACGUCACCGUUAUUAAACCUCUCUCUGACAAAAUGUACACCUUUGAGAUCCCAGUCAAGCUGAAUGACCCAGGCCUGUACUUCUACUGUAAGUUCCCUAUCAAUGCUGUCCGCACAUUGUCUCUACACUUCCAGAUGACCAUGACGGUGUACUACCUUGCCCACUACGAGGAGAUCUCUCUGGACACCUAUGAGUACAUAGACUGUGGAACCAACACCACCACUGUCCACCUCAUCCAGCCUGGGCAGGUCCUGCCGACUGGGGUCCAGCCUGCAUCCUUAGACCUCCCUUCUGGCUCCUCUGGAAAACUGUUGGAAACUGAGUGAGUGCAUGUUGAACUGUGAAGACAAAGUCACAGGAUAGACCAUGUGACCAUACCAGACAGUCAGCCACAGGAAUAAGCAUCAGUAAAAAAUCAAGAAUUAAAACAUGAGCUGCUGCAAAAGACCUGCAAGAUUCAAAUGCUUGGACACAUCCUUCUGUGAAACUUUCUUUCUCAUUUCUCUUUUUGUUGGUGAUGUUUUAGAACUUUGUUUUGGUUAGAGCCGUAUAAUGAAAAAAAAGAAAUUUUAAGACAUGUUUGCAUAGUCUCUGCAUCAUGCAUUUCUUGCUACGUUUCAUUUUGAAGACUAAAAAGCACUACCGUUGGCUUACAGAUCAAUUUUUGCACAACUUUUUUUUUUUUUACAUAGUUUCAUACUGUUCAUAUUUAAUCCUUGAAACACUAACUAUGAUAUUUGUUCUUGACAAAUCAUGUUUUGGAUUUAGCUGUUGCAAAUGGCUACUGCUUGAAAUAGAUUCCUGGUUUAUAAAACCCUGUUUUGUUUUGUGAAAACAUGUAAGCACGCUUCAUGUUAUGUAGAAUUGUAUACUGAACAUUACAUCUGUGACACUUGUCUUGUCUUUGUCCUUCAUUCCAUGCUAACUCUAUGAACCCUUUGGGGAUGUGGUCUUUACAUUAUUAUUGUAAGACCAUUGGUGGGGUCAAAUAUGGUCUGUGUCAUAAUUCACAACAACAGUCCAUGUAAGCAUUACUGUAUGUCACCAGAUAACCACAUAUCUUUUGGGAAUAAGAAAGUCUACAGGGAUUUUUUUUAAAUUAGAUUACACUCAGCUCAAACACUCAGUCUUUAUUUGAAACAGAAAAAGAAAAUACAAGUCUUAACUUUCUCUUCUCUUAUGAGGCACUUGUUUGGUUUCGGUUCUAUUGUCAUAAACGAAAUUUAAAAAAAAUUAUUGGAACCAUUCUCGUGUACUGCUUUUGUCAUGUAUAAUGUUUAAUUUAAUUUUCAUUAUUCUGCCAGAUUGUGAAGUCGUUCUACCGUUUUACACCAUUACUUGUUGUUAAUUUGAAUAGCCACUGAGUGGCACUGUGUUUGAAAUGAAAGUCGUCCCUUUGUCUUCUUAAAUUUGAUGUAGGAAAGCAGCAAAAAUCUUUUUCUUUUAUAGAAAAAAAACAGUGCAUAAUAUUUCAACAAAAUAAUGUCUUCUCCACAGUCCUCUUUAUUUCUUUAAUGUAGGGUCCAAACUUUUCUUCACCAUUGUUGAGAGUACUGUGUGGACUGUAAAACAAAAAACAAAACAAAAUUCUUAUCAUUCAUUACCAUUUCCUUUCUUUAGCAUUACCUCUGAUACUGAGGGGGUACACUCACCGAGUAUCUGUUGUCUAUCUUGGCGCUGUACUGGACCGGGUUUCUGAUUUUGUUCUGACAGUGACAACACUCAUUCACAGCUGUAAGACAAGAGGGACAAGAGAACAAAACAGGCCCUUCUAAAACUUUCAGUUUUUGACUCAAACUGUCUAUACCUAUGUUGUUGUACCAACAAUGAGAGUGCCAGGACUACAAUUGUGUCCCUACUCAAUCACUCAUUUAACAAAUUGAAAGUCAGCAGUGAAAUAUAAAGAUUUCUCAGCCAUUCUCUGUUUUCUCUGAGAGGUCCAGCUUACAGGAGGCUGAAAUCUCUAGUUUCCAAUCCUCAGGGCCGCUCGUGCGCUACCUGAUACAGAGUGUGGUCAGGAGUGAGUGGGGUCCAAAAUGUAUUAUUCAACAGCCCUCAGUCUAAUGAGAGGACUACAGAGUGUGACAACCUCCCCAGAUACCGUGGAGACGGGAAUGCACUGCACACAUGCACACAAAGUUCAGUUCAGCAUACUCGGUGGCUGUGCAGCAGUAGCUGUGUACAGUAUACAUGUGUAAUUGUAGAUGGGAAAUGUCAAGUCAUGUUUUAAUCACAGCCCAUUCAGCAUUGUCCAAUCAUCGCAGACAUACUAAACUUGUUAUGUCUGUUGUGGUUUUAGGAUGAGGGCUUGUGUCACCUCUUGGUGAAUGGGUUGUUGUUGACAUGGCUAAUGGGAACCACAGGAGGGUUUUUCUAUGUGUAGAUCAGAUCACACUGGUAUUCAUGAGCCACCUCAUGAGUCCCUGGGUGUAAACACUUACACUUAUUCCUGAGGUGAUUGUAGUCAAUUGAGGAUUAGUGUCUCUUCUAUUGUGGGCUCAAUGGUGGACGGCUUCACCAAGUCAUGUUUGGACUUGAGUCAAGCAGUAGGGAUAGGUAAACAGACUUUGGGCCUACAAUCAUUGGCUUUAGGUGUUGGCAAGGUAUAUAUCGGGGGCAGAGGAUUUGACUACAGAUCCAGAGAUCAAGCACUUUGUGUGAAAUGCACACAAAAUGCUAAUUCUCAGAAAACAAAAUACUUCUUGACAUUUAACCCAUACCCUGUAAAACAUGGUCAUGUGUCAUUAUCAUUGUCGGCAUGUUUUGGCUAACUCUACAAUGAGAAAGGUGCAGAAGGGUUUAAAGAGAGGUAGGGGAACCUGGCUGUUGGACCGGUGCAUCUGACUCCACCUUGGACUUGACUUCUGUAGAUUCUUUCUGAACCUGUAACUAGAAAGAAAAGUCUCUCAAUACUGCAGACAGAAAACAACAUGGAGAAGCCUCAAGGCAUAAUUUAUGGUGACCAACUGUACAAGGUGGCUCUUGAUAGGUUGAAACAGGAUCAACUCAUCUCUUGUUGAGAUGUAGCAUAUAUAUGGCAGGGUACCACCACACAGAACUUUUUCAAUUUUUGUUUUAAUUUAUUACAUAUAUUGUUAAGUAUAGUAGCUUACCGUACAUAUGUUAGGACUUUGUGUUUACGUAUUAUGUUUAGGUUCUUUGUUAUAGGUUUAGUUAGGCUGUUAAGGAUUGUCAAGGCAGAACCAAAGAAUUGUAAUGUACCUGACCUUGUUUCACAAAUAAACUUGAAACUUGA